AUGGCACUCCAACUAGUUGACAGAACAUUCAAGUUUCCACAUGGAGUAGUGGAAGAUUUAUUGGUGAAAGUGGGAGGAUUCAUUUUCCCAGCUGACUUUGUUGUGCUGGAUAUGGAAGAAGAGGCUAACACUUCAAUUAUCCUAGGAAAGCCAUUCCUAGCUACUGCUGGAGCCACCAUUGAUGUGCAAAAAGGGGAACUAGUCUUGAGAUCGCAUGAGGAGAAGAUGAUCUUCAAUGUCUUCAAGGCAAUGAGUUACCCCAAGGAAUCAAUAGGAGAAUACAUGAUGGUGGACACCAUAGAACAGAUAGUUCAAGGAGUUUUGGAAGAAGAGCAAUGUGAAGGAACUAUAGAAUUGGAGCAACAAACACCACGUGGAGAACUACCACAAGGAACCAAGGAAAGUUCAAUCAUGAUAAACCACAAAGACAACAAUGGAGAAGGGGAACCUAAACUAGAGCUGAAAACCUUACCUCCAAGCUUGAAAUAUGCAAAUCUGGCACUCAAAUACUUACUUACCAAAAAAGAGUCCAAGCUAAGAUUAAUAAGAUGGAUCCUGCUACUCCAAGAGUUUGACAUUGAAAUUAAAGACAGGAGUGGAGCAGAGAAUAAAGUAGCUAACCACCUCUCAAGAAUUCCACAAGAAGAAGAAGGAGCACACCAUCUUGCAGUGAAUGAAAGCUUCCCUGAUGAGCAAUUGAUGAUGAUCCAAGAGACCCCUUGGUUUGCAGACAUAGCCAAUUUCAAAGCCAUUGGGGAACUACCAACCAACAUCAAUAAAGACAUGAGGAGAAAGCUCAUUAAAGAUGCCAAAUACUAUAUCUGGGAUGAGCCAUAUUUGUUCAAAAAGUGUACUGAUAGGAUCUUGAGGAGGUGUAUAUCCCAUGGGGAAGGACAAGAGGUGCUUUGGCAAUGUCAUGGAUAUGCAUAUGGAGGCCAUUUUAGUGGAGAAAGAAUAGCAGCCAAGGUGCUCCAAUGUGAAUUCUACUGGCCAAGCAUUUUCAAGGAUGCAAAGGACUUGGUGUCAAGAUGUGAUUAA